CCAGAUCUGACUGAACUGGAAAUAAAUCAGAUCAGCAUGUAUAAAGAUGAAGAAUCUGAUCUGAAGCCUGUGGUUGAGAUCCUGGAGAGUUCAGUCAGUAAAGUGAAGAUUCUGAGAUUGGAUCUCUGCAGUUUGUCAGAGACCAGCUGGACUUCUCUGUUCUCAGCUCUGAAGUCCAAACCGACCCAUCUGACAGAACUGGACCUGACCAGAACCAACCUGGAAGAUUCUGUAGUGAAGGAUCUCUGUGGUUUUCUACAGACUGAAGGCUGCAGACUGGAGACAUUGAGAUUGUGGAGAUGCAGGUUGUCAAAGAUCAGCUGUGAUUAUUUGGCUUCAGCUCUGAAGUCCAACAGCCUCCAUCUGAAAGAACUGAACCUGUAUGGAAACAACCUGAAGGAUUCAGAUGUUCAGCAGCUGAAGGAUCUUGUAGAUGAUCUAAAGUGAAAGACAUGUACGUUCUAGUAGAGAAUGAUCUCUGUCCUGCUGAUCCUCAGAGGUUGAAACUGCAGCAGUUUGAGUCUAAAGAGACUCUGACUGGAUCAUGAUGAUGACCUCUGACCUCCAAGAUUUUCCUUCUGUUUGUUUUCUCAUGUCUGUCAUUUAGUGUCUGAUAUUGUUUGUGUCUUUGGAUCAAUAAAGAUCCAAUUCAAACUGGGCUCCAUUUAGAGGCUUGAUGGAGUUUUGAUCUGAACUGGAUUCAACUGGAAAGUUGAUCUUUUUUCUCUCUGGUUCAUUUUCAUCCUGGAACCAGAAAUGGUCUGAGAAUGGAAACAUGGGAAUCAUUUCCAGUUCAGCUUUGAAGCAAUGAAAGACACUUCAACCCUCUUUUCUCUGCUGCUUCUUCCUUCUGUUGACAUGAAAAUGUUCCUCAAAGCUCCUCAGAGAAAAAGAUGCUUUACUGGAAACUGGAGAGAAUCUUCAGCUUCCAUCACAGAAACCAGUUGAACCAGUUUAGAACUGGAUGUCCCACAGAAACUCUGAUCUUACAGCAGUUUUCAGGAACAUCUGGAAGCUGGAAAAUUUCUUUUUAUAUAUUUUUAUGUUCAUUGUAAAAAGUAAAUCUUGAAGUUUUUCAUCAUCAUUGAUUCUCAGUUUGUUUUGGUUUUUACUUUUUUAACUCCAUAUUUCAUGUUUUGAGUUUUCUAGAGAACUUUAGGACUCGAUGGGUCACAUCAGGAUCUUUACUGUGAUUUUACUGAUUUAUUCAACACUCAGAGAAACACUGGGAUAAUGUGCUGAUUGGUUCAUGAUUGAUUUUCAUAAUUCUUCUAAUGUAAGGUGGGAUUCUGGAUCUUUAAUGACCAAAUAAAGUUUUUAA